AUGAAUAAGUUAAGGUUUUUAACAAAACGAAAUGUGUGGUUCAUUACAAUCUCAAUUCUUAGUCUUUUUAUAAAUGGGAAUGCUAAAUAUAUGACACUUCCACAAGUGGAUUAUAUUGAAGCUCCAGUAAUUCCUGAGGUUAUUAAGAAACCCAAAUAUUCUAUGAAUAAAUAUCGAUAUCAAAUUGCAUUAGAAGAUCAGAGAAAUCAAGAUCUACAUAAGAAGAGAGUCCUUAUGACUGAGUUAGAAGCUCAAUUAGCAAAGAUCUUACAUUGGAGAAUAAUGAAUGAUGAAAAUUUACUAGUACCAAUUGAUUUUUUGGGGAUUGAGAAGUUAAUGAUGCAACUUUUGCGUAAUUUUGGGUUUUCUGUAUCUAAUUGUCAAGUUCUAUUAAUUGAUGAAGGUUUUUCACAUGAGAAAUCUCUUGAAUAUUGUUUAAAUUUAGAACCUUUUGGAACUAUAGAAUGUCAUGCAUUAACAUGGAUUGAUUAUUCUAUUGUGGUUGACAUGAAAGAACGUAUGAAACGUCGUGGCAUGUUAAUGGAGACAAAAGAUUUGUGUAGAUUUGUUGAACGUAUUAAACCAUCUUUAGUCGCCAAACCAGAAAAGAAAUCUCUUUUUGGAAAAUGCCAACUAAUUGUAAAUGACGAACUUUUAUCUCAAUAUGGUGUUACUAAUAUUGAUAGUGACUUGCUAUGUACAUUAAUGGAUUACACAAUUCAGAAUCCUUGCACCUCUCUUUCGGUUAAUGAGUUAUCUGAAGUAAUGAAAAUUGGCUUACAUUUAGGGCAAUUUUUAUAUCCAAGAUUAUUUCCUAUUUUUGUCAGAGAUCUUUGUACUGCUAGAAAAAUGAUGAGACGCGGUCCGACACGUGAAAUUUGCAGAAAUGCAGUUACUAAAGUUUUAAUUGAUAAAGCCUAUGCACUCAAAGACCAAAUCGUUACUAAUGAUUGGCUAUUCUAUACUGAAAUUUGGAGAUCCUGUGCUUAUGUAUACAAGAAGAAAGCUAUAGGUGCUCAGAAGACUAAUUUAGAUAAGGAAUUUUUUGAUAUAUCACUUGGAAUUAAAUGGUCUGAUGGAACGUUCAGAGGCAUUGAUUCUGAUUAUCCACCUAGUCCUUAUGCUCGUAUUCAUGGUAGAACAAUUGAGGAAGAAUCAGAUACUCUUGUUAUGUCUAUCUUUGAUAGAAAAAUUGAAACUGAAGAUUUAGAUAUAAUUAGUGAUGAUACAGUUGAAUUGUCCAAUAAUGAGGUUGUAGUUCCACGUCGUAAAUGGGUUAGUUCUGGGAUUGUAAAUAGAAUUGAAACUCCUGAUGAAUUUUUAUGGCCAGUUAGAGAAGGAGUUGCUCUUAAUACAGUUCAAAAGAUGUGGGCACAUAUUUUGUUUGGACUUUAUAGAGAUUCUGGUAAUAAAGCUUACAGAUUAGAAGAUUUUGAAUUGUUAAGUAGUAGAAUUGAUCCUACUAAUGUGUUUUCUACAUGUCAGCGUUUGAUCUUUGGUAAAAUUAAAAAGUAUCCCGGUACCCAACGUGAUGGUAAAGGAGGAAGAUUUACAGAAAAACAGAUUGCGGAUUGGUGUGCAGCUAUAGAUGGUACACGCAGUAGAGUAUGUUUAGGUUUACCUACUCCAGCUUUUCUCUGGUCUAAGGAAAUUUUGCAAAAUUUAACUGAAUUACGUCAGGAUUCGAAUUUUGCUAUUGACCAACGUGAUGUUUGUGCUUUAAUGAAUAUGAUGCAACCAUGGAAUUACUCUAAUAAGAAGGGAUUUACUGCUAUGUGCUUGCAAACUCUGGAGACAUCUAAUAUAUUGGAUAAUAAAUCUAUGGACAAGUCUUUUUCAGAGAAAUAUGGGUUAACUGAGAAUGAAUCUAGACAAUUAUGUAUCUUAUUCAAACCUGCCAACCAUGAACGAUGUCUCAAAUUAUCAGCUCAGGAUUUAUCUGUUGCUUAUUUAUUAGCUAAUAAAUUAGGGAAAAUUAAAAAAGAAAACAAAGUACUUAAAGUAACAUAUAAUGCUGCUUGCCAAGUAUUAGACCGUGUUAAAUCGACUGGUACAAAGCAACACUGCACUUUAGCUGUUGCUGAAUUUGUUGGGAAUAUUGCAGUGGAAAGUAGAGUUACUGGAAGUGUACUUAUUGAGGGAGUGAGGAAUAUAUGUAAUGAACUUUUUGAAAAAUCAGAAUCCAAAGAAAAUCUAAGUGUUAUCAGAGAUAUAAUUGAAGAUAUAUAUAGUGAUAUUUCCAAGAAUAUGCCCCCAAAUCCAAGAGAUAUUGAUAUUGUAGAAAAUAUAAAGGAUCUUAACGAAGAUAUUGAGUUUCAAUUUAAAUCUAAUAAAUAUUUGUAUGGACCUUAUCAAUAUGACGAUUCAAGGAAAAUUUUUGGUCCCAAAGGAAGUGGUGACUUUUGGAGUCCUUUUCAUGUCUCGUCUACUGACCAAGUACAAGGUAUUUAUCUUAAUCCCAAACUUAAAGUGAGCCUUAAAAGCCCUCAUUUCUCCAAUGUAUCCUUAGAAUUGUUAACAAUCUCAGGUAAUGGAAUAUUUGGAUCUUGGGCUGAAACAAUGCAAAGUACUUAUAUUAGAGUAUCACCUCCAUCUACAGUGCAUUCAAAUUUAUAUAUUCCACCAUUUAGCCGUAUUGCAAAAAAAAUCAAUACAAACCGUGAACUUGUAUUUACAAGUUGCUUGUCUGUUUUAAAAAAGAAUAAGAUCUCUGAGGAAAUUGCCAAUGAAGUUUGUAAAUCUAUAGACCCCUAUUCAUCACCUGCCUGUCAUAGUUUAUUUAUAGUAUUACUUCAAUAUACUGAGGAUGUUCAUGAUUACAUAACAAGUGCUAGCAAUGGAAAAAUAUUUUAUGAUUUUUCAGACUUGUGUAAAAUAAUGUAUGUGUUAAAUCCUUUGCAAUAUAAUGAUGGAUCCAUUGGUAAUGCUGCUCAAGUCUGUGUUUCCUCAUCUAUUAUGGUAGAUUUCCAGAGGAAAUAUUCAACUUCUGAUUACUUUAUGAGUAAUCUGUGUUCUAAAAUAGACCUUACAAGAACCCAAUCUUUUGCUAGGAUUAAUUUAUCACAAAGAAAACGAGUUAUGAUUGCAGCUAAAGUUAUUUCUACUAGUAUAGCCAAAAGUUAUGAAUAUGUUUAUAUGACAAAAGGUGGAAUCAAUUGGGCUAGGAAUGUUCCAAGAGUUAGCUUUGAAAAUAUGAUCAAUUUAAUUUCUAAUACAGGAGAUGAAAUUGCAGAUGAAGCGGAAUGUGAAAAAUCUUGUAAUUCAGAUGGAGUAUUCUUUAAGAAUGUACUUCCAGAUUACUCUAUUUGUAUGAAGGCAUGCAUGGUAUCUGUUGAUGAUAGAUCUAACGGCGACCAACGAUAUGCUAGAUAUCAAGGUGUUGGUACUCAUAAAAACCCAAGUCGACAUACAUGGUGGCAAUCUUAA